ACGCGGAUUUAUAACCUCACUUUCCAUUGAGGACGCUUUUUCAUUGUGCUGGAUUUUCUCAAUUUUCUGCGUUUUACAAUAAUUUACAAAAGUUUUUCAAGCUAAAAUGGCAAAUCUAAAGCCACUGCAGUGUUUGAAUCUCGACAAGAAUCAGCAGAGGAAUUUCAUCAAAUUCUUUCAUUCCCUGGGCAAGAAACCCAAAACAACCGUGAGAAUUUUUGAUCGCAAUGAUUUUUAUUCAUUGCACGCUGAAGAUGCUGAAUUGGCUGCUAGAAUGGUGUUUAAGUCUACAGCCAGCAUGAAGAUUAUGUCUGUUCCAGGAGAUGAUGAGGACAUCGAAUUACCCUACACCGUACUCAGCAAGAACAACUUUGAGAACUUCGUGAGAGAAUUGCUCCUUGUGAAAAACUAUCGAGUGGAAGUCUACGCAAAUAAGGGUGGGUCUAAAAAUGACUGGAAGAUCGAACUGAAAGGAUCUCCUGGGAAUGUUAUUCAAUUCGAGGACAUUCUUUUUGGCAACAAUGAACAAAUUAAUACUUCAGCAAUUAUGGCUUUGCAGCUGAAGAAGGAAAAUCAGCUGAAUUCAGUUGGAUUGAGUUGCAUUGAGACAACAGAUCGCAUUUUUUCUCUGAUUGAAAUUGUCGAUGAUGAUUUUUUCACAGAACUCGAGGCUAUUGUUGUCCUUCUAGGACCCAAAGAGUGCCUCUUGCCAUCGAAAGAGGGUGAGUAUGAGAAAAUCAACGCACUUUUGGAGCGAAAUGGUGUUCUUGUGACUGUGCGCAAAAGGCAGGAAUUUACAGUGAGCACAAGUGACUUUGAAGAUGAUUUAAAUAGGUUACUAUUUUUUGAGAAAGGUCAACAGGAAAAUCUCAAUACUGUGCUUGGGGGGACGAAUAAGACAUUUGCACUGCAGACACUCAAUGUGGCUAUUAAAUAUCUCGACUUGGGAUCUGAUUCAUCCAAUUUCGGACACUUUCAGCUGAAAGUGAUGAAUCUCAAGAGAUUUGUGCAUUUAGAUGCUGCAGCUGUAUCAGCUCUCAAUAUCCUCCCAAAGCCAGGAACGUCUGUUACAUCACAGGUUUACAGGUGUCAGAGUAUUUUGGGUGUUUUGGAUUACUGUCGAACGCCCCAGGGGAGACGAUUGUUGGUUCAGUGGCUGAAGCAACCACUGAAGGAUAUCGAAGCCAUUAAGGAUCGUCAUGAUAUUGUGGAGUGUUUUGUUGAAUCUCUGAAUACGAGGAAGGAAAUUCAUGAUGACUAUUUGAAAAGAAUCCCUGAUAUAAUGAUGCUAACGAAGAAAUUGAUGAGGAGAAAUGCAUCCCUUCAGGAUGUUUACAAACUCUAUAGGGUCGUUGGAAGAGUUCCCAAUCUCCUGGGUCUCCUGUCCGACCUAGAAAAUUCAACUGUGAACAAUAUUCUGUCAAAACCCAUUAGGGAUACUUAUGGGGAUCUCUUCAAGUUCAAAGAGAUGAUUGAGAAGAUCCUGGACAUGGAGGGAAUUGAGAAGGGUGAAUACUUCAUAAAACCCUCCUUUGAUGAAGAAUUGCAGACGAUGAAGGAGAAAAUGGAUGAGAUUGAAGAGAAAAUCAGGAAGGAACUUCGAAAAGCAGCCAAUGAUCUCAAUUUGGACGAAGGAUCAUCCAUCAAGCUCGAUGUUGUCUCUCACAUUGGUUAUCACUUCAGGAUAUCCCUCAAGGAAGAUUCUGUCCUCCGGAAAAAUACCAAAUAUCGCACAAUUGAUGCUGUCAAAGGAGGUGUCCGAUUCACCACGGACAAACUAACAGAUCUCAACAGUGAAUUCUCAGAAGUUCGCGAAAGUUACGAAGAACAGCAAAAAUCCAUUGUAGAUGAAGUUAUUCGAGUUGUUCUUGGCUAUCUUCCUCCACUCACAAAUCUCAGUCACUUAAUUGCUCAAUUGGAUUGCUUCACGAGCUUUGCUGUUGCAGCAACAUCUUCUCCAAUCCCCUAUGUCCGGCCCAAAAUGCGCCCAGCAGAAACACGUGUACUCAAUCUCAAGCAAGUCAGACAUCCUUGCUUGGAGAUGCAGUCCGAUGUUAACUUCAUUGCCAAUGACAUUGAUUUCCGGAAGGAUGAGACACAGAUGUAUAUCAUCACGGGACCAAAUAUGGGCGGCAAAAGUACUUUUAUUCGAUCAGUUGGAUCUGCUGUCCUCCUGGCACAUGUUGGAUCUUUUGUGCCAUGCGAUGAAGCUGAAAUUUCAAUUACAGAUUCAAUUCUGGGCAGAAUUGGAGCUAGUGAUUGUAUCAUGAAAGGUUUGAGUACCUUCAUGAUUGAGAUGAUUGAGACAUCGGGAAUUAUUCGUACUGCCACGGAGAAUUCUCUGGUGAUUAUUGACGAAUUGGGCAGGGGAACUUCAACGUACGAUGGAUGUGGAAUUGCCUGGUCAAUUGCUGAAUACCUCGCCAAGGAAACCAAGUGCUUCACUCUUUUUGCCACUCACUUCCAUGAGAUCACAGAACUUGCUCAGACAGUGUCCACGGUUAAAAACAGUCACCUUUCAGCCAUGGUGGAGAAUUCAAACUUCAUCUUGCUGUAUCAGGUGAAACCUGGACCAAUGGACAAUAGUUUUGGGAUUCAAGUGGCCAAAUUGGCGGACUUUCCGGAAGAUGUGGUGAAACUGGCUCAGAAAUGUUAUGACGAAAUUGAAGAUCAUUUUUCCAAUUUGAAGUCCAACGCCGAUCCGGAAGCUGUAAGUCUCUUUGCAAGUUCUCUCGAGAAAUUAUCUGAUGUAGAAUCCCUUGAGGAUAUCACAAAGAUUAUUGCAGAGGUAAGGGGUAAUGUUAGGAAAUCUGGAAAUGAGUAUUUCAAGUCCAUUUGCCCAGAAGUUUUUCAAUAAAGUUUUCUGUUCCUUCUGUUUCGAUACUGAAA